UAAAAAUGGAAGAAACUAAAAGUCUUGAUGGCUACGACAGUCUUGACAUUAAAAGUGUUCCUCAAAUAAUGAAACAGUUCAGAGACGAUGAAGAACUAUUCUACUCCGGUAAUGUGACCAAGUAUAAUAGAAUGAACUGGAAACAAGAACGCAUAUUCAUAAUCACCAGUCUUGCUGUUUACAAUGUAAAAUAGCUUCAAAAUACAAAGGAGAAUCGCCAUCAGUGAUAUUGACGGGGUCACCAAGAGCACUGACCCCAAAUGCUUCGAGUUCGUCAUCCACGUAGAGGUCGAAUACGAUUACAGGUUCCUCACGACGCAAGAUAAGCGAGACGACAUUUUCUUUGUGCUCAAAAACUGUUUUUAUAAGCAUUUUGGCAAGAAUUUGCCAAUCUUCGGAGUGGCUUAUCCCCACUUAAAAGACUUCACAACAACUAAGAAGGAGGCUGCCAAGCGAAUUUCUAAAAAGCCACCGAGAGGAAAUCUGCUCAAAGACGAAGACAUUUUUAAGGAUAAGUGGUACAAGCCAGCCUCUGGAGAAAAGAAGCCAUCUAAGCCUAGCUUCAGGAAGCCCUCUACAAAGACUCCAGAUUCUGGGGAAUUUCAGAUGCCAAGCCAAUCAGAACUCGAAGAACGCAAAAGCAGAGCUACACAAGGAACCAUCUACAGCAAAGAGAAAGGCAAGCAAGUUGGCCUUAGUGAUUUCGAUAAAAUAAAAGUCAUUGGCAAAGGGACCUUCGGCAAAGUCUAUCUCGUCAAACACAAAGAUGACGGCAACAUUUAUGCCAUGAAAAGCAUCCGCAAAGACGUCAUGAUCGAGAACGACCAAAUUGAAAGCGCUAAGAUGGAGAAGCAAAUUCUGUUCCAAAACAAGCAUCCAUUCUUAGUUAAAAUGAGUUACGUCUUCCAGACAGAAGAGAAAGUGUAUUUCGUCAUGAAUUUUAUCAGAGGAGGAGAACUCUUCACUCACAUCAACAAGGAAAAGAGGUUUACUGAAGAUAAAGCCAGGUUUUAUGCCAUCCAGAUCAUGUUGUCUCUUGGCUAUCUUCACAAACAAAACAUUAUUUACAGAGACAUCAAGCCAGAAAACAUCUUGAUUGGGGAAGACGGCUAUCUCUACUUAGCAGACUUUGGACUUGCUAAGACCAUCAAAAAGGGAGAACUCGCCACCACCUUCUGCGGAACUCCUGAAUACUUGGCUCCAGAAAUUAUCCAAGAGAAAGGUCAUGAUCACUCUGUUGACUGGUGGGCCUGAGGAAUUCUCAUUUACGAAAUGAUCGUGGGGUUCCCUCCAUUCUACCACAAGAAUCAGAGGACAAUGUACGAUUUGAUAGAGAAGUUCCCUGUCAAAUUUCCAGACCCAGUCAAGCACGGGAUCCCAAUGUCUGACGAAGCCAAAGACAUCAUUCUCCAACUCUUGGAGAAAGACCCAGCUAAGCGACUAGGUUCCGAGAAAGGCAUCGAAGAGAUCGUCAAGCACGAUUGGUUCCAAGACGUUGACAUUGACAUGUUGCUGAACAAAGAGUUGGAAGCUCCGUACAUCCCGAAGCUGAGCGAUGACCUGACGGACGUGUCUUGCUUCGACAAAGAGUUCACGAGUACUUCUCUGGAGGAAACCUUCGUUCCGAAGGGAGAUGUCAGUAUGAAGAAUGUAGAGAAGUACAACAAGAAGUUUUCAGACUUUGACUCUUAA